AUGAAAGCCAUCCAAAUCCCAAAAUACGUCGAGUCCUUCUCAGAGCUUCAGGUCACAGACAUUCCCGCCCCGAUACCUAACAUCCAAAACGACGAAGUCCUAGUCACCAUUACGCACAGCGCCCUGAACCACGUCGACCUUCUCUACGCGCGCGGCCUCCACCAGAACAACCAUGUCGGGCUAGUCAAACCUUCAUUCACCCUUGGACUGGAAUUUGCCGGCGUCGUGGCUUCAGCUUCGGCCAGGUCGGGCUUCAACCGCGGCGACCAAGUCUGGGGAUCCAGCGUCGGCGGGUUCGCGGAACAGAUCGCCGUCCCGGCCUCCGCGCUGCACAGAGUACCCUCGGGCUGGACACUGCAUGACGUCGCGGGCCUAGGUGCCGCCACUGCGCCGGUGAGUUACGGCGCUCUCGUCCGAGUCGCUCGGGUCCAGGCCGGACAGACGGUUCUGGUUCACGCCGCGGCAGGGGGCCUGGGGGUUGUCGCUGUGCAAAUCGCUCACGCGCUGGGUGCGAAGGUGAUCGCGACGGUCGGUAGUCAGGAGAAGGCUGAAGUGGUUAGGAAGCUGGGUGUGGCUGGUGGAGUACUAGUGGUCCGCUAUGAUCGAGACGGCUGGGAGAAGGAAGUGCUGAAGAUGACGACGGACGGUCGUGGUGUGGAUGUGGUGUAUGAUACGGUUGGGCUGGUGGAGAAGAGUAUCAGAUGUCUCAGGUUUAGCGGGAGUGUUGUCAUUGCCGGGUUUGCUGGACGGGGUGGGCGAAUGGAGACGUUGGCGAUGAAUCGUGUCUUGCUGAAAGGUGCGAAGUUGAUGGGAUAUAGAUAUGGUGAGACGGGACGACGCGACCCGCAAGAGAAUGAAGAGGUGUGGAAGGGGUUCAACGAGAUGCUGGAGACCGGCCAGAUUCGGCCUGUGAUCUAUAAAACGUAUCUGGGUCUGGAGAGCGUUCCCGGUGCGAUGGACGACCUUGCUGCUAGGAAGGUAUGGGGGAAAGCAGUUGUUGAGCUCCGAUCACCACAGACGGCGAAACUGUGA